GCCACAACAAUUUAUAUAAGCUACAAAGUGCCUUUGCUGAAAUUGAAAAGAAAAAAAAAAGGGGUUUGAGAACGUGGCAUUAUUUAACAUCAAGUUGGUUUUGUUUGCGUUGCAAGAUUCUCUACACAAAAGAUAGAGGGAUGGAGUUGAUUGGGUUCUUUCAAGUUUUCAACAUCAUCCUCAUCGCCAUUGGGACUCUGUUGUACAUGUACUGCAGAUCAUUGACAUUUUCUUCCUCGACUUCUUCUUCUGGUGCUGCUGAUGCUGCUGUUGAUGAUAACGAUGAUGAUGUUGAUAUGCCCCUUCUUCGAGAAAAGUAUGAUGUGUUUAUUAGUUUCAGAGGCGAGGACACCCGCAAAAAUUUUACCAGCCAUCUUCAUGCUGCCUUACUUCGCAAGAAAAUUGAAACCUACAUAGACUACAGGCUGAAGAGAGGAGAUGAAAUUGGACCCACCCUCCUAGAAGCAAUAGAGAAAUCAAGGCUUUCGGUGAUCAUUUUCUCCAAAAACUAUGCGUCUUCCACAUGGUGCUUGAUUGAACUUGCGCAUAUACUCAAAUGCAAAAAGAAAAAUGGCCAGAUGGUUGUACCCAUUUUUUACGACAUCAGUCCAUCAGAUGUGCGAAAACAAAAGGGGAGUUAUGCAGAUGCAUUUGCUGAACUUGAAAAUCGUUUCAAGGACGGUAUGGAUAAGGUGAUCGAGUGGAAAGCUGCUUUGGUGGAAGCAACCGGUUUAUGUGGGUCUGAUUAUUCAAACAAAAAAGGGACGGAUGCUGAUUUCAUUGAAGAAGUUGUGGAAGAUAUUUCAACUAAAUUGAAACGUGAAACCGCAUAUGAUUUAAAGGGCUUGGUUGGAAUGACAAGCCGCAUCGAGCAAGUUGAAUCAUUAUUGAGCAUUAAUGAUUCGCUAGAUGUUUGCACUGUAGGCAUUUGGGGUAUGGGAGGUAUUGGAAAAACCACCCUUGCCAGGGCUAUGUUCAAGAUACUCUCUUCUAACUUCGAAGCUUGUUGUUUUCUUUACAAUGUUAGGGAGAAAUCAGAGCAAAGAGAUGGAAUCGAUCAAUUGCAAAAGGCACUUCUUAAAGAGAUCUUAAAGGAAGAAAAUCUCUCCAUAGAUUCAACUUUUGUUCGAGAAAGGCUCAGCCGUACAAAGGUUCUCAUUGUUUUUGAUGAUGUUACUGACUCAAGGCAAAUAAAAGAUAUAGCUGCAGAUAAUCUUCAGUACGGCGAUGGAAGUAGAAUCAUUGUAACAAGUAGAGAAUUGAGCGUACUCUUGAAAGCUGUUAGUGAUAAAAAAUAUAUAUAUGAGGUUGAGAAAUUAAAAACUGAUGACGCUCUUCGGCUCUUUCAACUUCAUGCUUUCAACGAUAACCCUCCUACAGCAGAAUAUAUGGAGUUGUCGGAAAGGGUGGUAGAAUAUGCUGGAGGCAUUCCACUGGCUCUUGAAAUUUUGGGUUCCUUAUUCUUUCCAUGUCAGAGCAUAGACGAGUGUGAAGAUGUAUUGAGAAAACUGAAAAAUUAUCCCAAUGAAGAAAUUCAAAAUACGUUCAGAUUAAGCUAUAAUAGAUUAGGAAGACAUGAGCAGGAGAUAUUUCUUGAUAUAGCAUGCUUUUAUAAAGGGUAUCAUAUUGAAGAUGUAAAAAAAAUGGCAAGUUUUGGCCAAAUGCAUGGUGGUUUAUGUGCGGCAGAUGGAAUUAGAGUUCUCCGUGAUCGGUCUCUCAUAUCGAUUAAUUCGGAAUGGGAAACCAUAGAUAUGCAUGAUUUGGUACAAGAAACGGGUCGGGCAAUUGUUCUCGAACAAUGUAUUGAAGAGCCUGGACGACGGAGUAGGCUGUUCAUUGCUGAGCAUGUCUAUCAUGUAUUGAAAAAUGACACGGGUACGGAAAAGGUUCAAGCCAUAUUCUUUAACGAGUCCAGCAUUGGAGAGCAAAACUUGGAUCGUGCAGACUUCGAAAAUAUGUAUAAUCUGAGAUUGCUCAAUGUUGAUAAUUCUAGCUUGUGCUUGAAAGAUUCUAUGUGGCAAAAUGCUGACAGUUCUAGAGAGUACUGCAAAUUAAACCUCUCUCUCUCUCUUCCCAACUCUCUUCGUUAUCUUUCCUGGAAGGGAUAUCCUUUGAAAACUUUGUCCCCAAAAUUUUCUCCUGAAAAUCUUGUUGAGCUUCAUAUGCCGGACAGCCAAGUCACGCAACUUUGGAAUGGAGGCCAGAAUCUUAUGAACUUAAAAGUGAUCAAACUUCGUUAUUCCAAAUGUCUAACUGCACUUCCAAACUUCUUGGGGAGUCCAAAUAUUGAGCACAUAGAUCUUUGCGGAUGUGAAAGUUUGGUUGAAAUCCCUUCGUAUUUUAAAGAUCUUGACAAGCUUACUUAUCUUGAUCUUUCAUGGUGCAAGAGUCUCGAGUAUCUUCCAGACAUGCCAGGCAACAUUGAAAUCUUACGUUUAAGAGGCAGUGGCAUAAAGGAGUUGCCGUCGAGCAUUUGUAAGUUGAAAUCUCUUAAGCGACUUAAUCUCACAGGUUGCACUAGAUUUUACAAAUUCCCUGAAAUAUUGGAGCCAAUGGAACACCUGGAGUUUCUUCGUUUAGAAGGGACAGCAGUUGAAGAGCUUCCCCAGUCGGUUGGAAAUCUAGUUGGCCUUCAAACAUUGGAUCUUGGUCGGUGCAAGAAACUUAAAGUUGUCCCAAGCAGCAUCUACAACUUAACAAAUCUUAAAACUCUCAGCUUUAAUGACUGUUGGAAACUUCAAAAUUUUCCUCAACCGACUGGCUCAGUUGGUUUGCUUUCUCUUGAAGAACUAGACCUCGGUGAUAGCGGAAUUUUACAAAUCCCUGAGGAUCUCAUUUGCUCAACCUCAUUAUUGAGUAUUAAUCUGAAUCGAACCAAAAUUCGGAGCGUACCCUCAACCAUCAAACAAGCUCCUCAGCUGUCUUUCCUCUUCUUAAUCGAGUGCAUGAGCCUUGAAUCUUUACCAGAGCUCCCAGUGCUAAGUCUUCUUCAAGCAGAUGGGUGCAAGUCACUGAUGACAGUUUCAAGUUCAAUGACUGCAAUUACGCAAUGUUGGAAUAGAUAUCAAUUGCUUCAAGAGCGACUUCACUUUUAUAAUUGCGGAAGGUUGGGUUAUGAUGCUGAUGCAAGAAGCAGCAUAAUGGUUGAUGCACAGCUUAGAAUCAUGCGAGUGGCAACUGCGUCUUCAAGGUUCAAAGAAGAAAAGGAAGAUUACCAAAAGUUUUCUGAGCCCUUAGUUACAAUUGUAUGUCCGGGAUGCGAAAUUCCAAAUUGGUUCGUACAUCAAAAUGAGGGUGCUUCAAUAAAUGUCAAGCUUCCUGCAAACUGGUUUCGAAAAGGUUUCUUGGGAUUCGCUGUAUCUGUUGUGGCAUCCGGACACCAAGAUCAAUCGGGAGAAGGUUUCUUGGGAUUCGCUCCAUCUGUUGUCGCAUCCGGACGUCAAGAUCUAUCAGGUAUGCAGUUUGAGUGCAAGUACAAUUUCAAAACCGAAGAGGGUGAAAGUCAUGGAAUCGAUUGUCCUGUCUUUGUCCCGUGCAUGGGUGAUGGUAGUGAUGGUUGCAAUUUAGAGUCAAAGCACGUGUUCGUAUUGUAUAAAGACCUUGAAUAUGAAGAGGGAGCAGAAUGGUCCUCGGAUUUUUACUGUCGUGUCACUGAGGUCUCUGUUCACUUCGAAACGAAGCCUUUCCGGUACAACUAUACGGUUGAAAAUUGUGGAAUAUGCCUGUUGUAUGCCGAAGAUGCAGAGAAAUUAAAAUUUGAUGUCAUUUCGCGACAAGAACAAGAUGAGUCUGCAGCAAGUGGGAGUGUUGAUCCUGAAGCCAGUGGAAACAACUAAUCUGAGGAAGCAAGUGGAAGAGAUGGCUCUUGAUGAAGAAAGUGGAAGCGAUGAAUCCGAGUAAGCAAGUGGAAGCGAUGACUCCGAGGACGAAAGUGGAAGUGAUGAGUCAGAGGAAGCAAAUGGAAGCUGCUAGGGAGUUGCCCUCUUAAUCGUCUAUUGAAUGAGUUCUUUGUAACCGCUUUUCGUUCUGCAAUUUCUUUGUACUUUAUUUUGUUACAAGUUCUUUUUAUCCACUUUCCGUUAUGUAAUUCGUUUGUCAUUUAUGUUGUAAGUAAUCUACGAUGGUUAUGAGGACAGUUCAUGUAUAAAUAUUGUACUCAUGUACAUUUGAGUAAUUUUCGAUCUUGGAAUCCCUAGUGCUUUCCCUCA